GAGCAGAGCACGGGCGUGAGCGUAUCUGGCUGCAAACACUCCCCUGAUGACUGUAAACCAGAAGAAUCUCGUUUGAGCAAAGAGCCAAGGGGCAGCACAUAAAGCAGGCAGUGGGGAGAGAUAAAGCUGCAAGCGAGGGAGCGUGGUUGAUGGAGGGACAGGCUGGUGCCCGGCUGGAGGAAUGUCAUGGUUUCACUUGUGAUUGGCUGGGGAAUGGAGGAGUCAGUUUUCACGGGGGCUGAUCAAAAAGUUUCCUUUUGCUUUCCAAAGUUGCUGUCUGAGCAGAGGCAGCGGGAAGAGGAGGCCAGUCACUCUGACAUUCCUCAGGAAAACUACUUAAAUGAAAUGAGAAGGCUUCUCUAUCCAAGGAUCUACAGCCAAGAACAGACGCCGAGAAGCUGUUUUCUUUCUUUUCUCCCCCAACUCCUCGUGGAGUUGAAGAGCUCUCAUUUCUGGCAUGCGUCUCAUCUCUCAGGAUACUAUGUCACAGUAUUCUACUAACUUUCUUUUGCUUCCCAUACCAGAGUAUCCUGUCUUAGACUGUGUGCCCAACAAAAUCAUCAAGCUGGUGGUGCUGGGUGGCAGUAGCGUUGGCAAGACAGCCCUGGUUGUGCGCUUUCUCACCAAGAGAUUUAUUGGAGACUAUGAAGCCAAUACUGGUGCUUUGUAUUCAAGGAAGUUCACCAUAGAUGGGGAACAGAUCUCUCUCCAGGUGCAGGAUACUCCCUUUGUUUCACUGGAGGAUGACACUGACAGCAUCUGCUGCCAGGAGCAGAUAAACCGGUCAAUCUACUGGGCAGAUGGCUUCGUUUUUGUUUACUCCAUCACAGACUAUGAGAGCUACCGAGUCAUCCGGCCCCUCCACCAGCACAUCCGCAAGAUUCACCCCAACGCUAACAUCCCCCUGCUCCUGAUGGCCAACAAAGGCGACCUCCUGCGAGCCAGGCAAGUGUCCUCCAAAGAAGGCCUCCAGCUGGCCAGUGAACUGGGAGGUACUUACUAUGAAGUAUCAGCCCGGGAGAACUGUGAGGGAGUGCAUGAAGCCUUCCAACAGCUUUGCCAGGAGGUUAGCAGGAUGAUUGGGAGCUGCAAUGGAGAGAAACGAAGAGGCCUCCACCUCGUCCGACCCAAGUCUCCAAACAUGCAGGACUUAAAGAGACGUUUGAAGCAGGCUCUGACUUCCAAAGGGAAAUCUGCUACUACACUUUGAUGUAGCCAACAGAAAUUGUUUUCCACAGCCCUGAAAAAAAAGCAAGAGAAGCAGCUGGUCAUAAGAGGUGCAGCUGAAACUCAGCAGCUGGGAUCUGGGGGGACUCUUACAUUUUGUCUUUACAUCUUCCUUAAAAACCCUGUGCUCAUUCAGCAAAGGAACAGACAGAAUUUGCUCUUUGGGGCAGGGAUUUAGAAAGCGUGGUUUAAAAAAUAGAUUGUCCCAAAUGAUUUCCUUUUUCAAAGGGACACAGUCAAAUAGUUUAGGCUUAAAAAUGUGACUUUUGUUAAUAAAAAUAAUUAAAUCCUACUUAUAAGAGAAGUGGCUUCUCUUGAGGAUGGUUGUAGCCUCAAAUAUAGGCCACAAGCUACAGCAGGACGGGAGGAGAGGGCU